ACAGACAGACAGAUAGGCUAAGAGAAAGACAUAAUGGACCUUGGUAUGCUGCUCCUGCUGGUACUCAGCAGUGCCGUCUGCCACAGCGCGGAUUCAACGUAUUAUGGUGGGACUGUGCGCUGUACAGUACCGGGAUACAUGCCCCCAGACUCGAAAUGGACAGGGGAGGUACAAUUCCACUACCGUGAGAAUGGCCGGGACAGGUGUGAACAGCAGUUCUCCUGGGAGUGCACCAGCGGCUACUGUAAUGGCAGUGCCAACCGACAAGGACCUGUCGUGCAGACCACCGACAAGGACCAGUCCGGCCAAAACCUCUGGUGCCAGUCGGAGGGACACUUCACUAGAAACUUCACUAGGGACCAGAAAACCCAAUCCUACACCCUGAGUGACUCAGGUUGCUGUUGGGGCUCCAAUGUCAAUGGAAAGACCAACUGGACAAUACACACCGAGGUGGAUUUGGGGUUACGGGUCAGCCCGGGGCCUCCAACCCAAAACACACCUCCUGUCACGGCAACUGUCCCAACCCUGCGAGUUCCUCAGAACUGCUUUUCCACUCUUCCUCUCUUGGCCUAUGACCCGGAUGGAGAUGACGUGAGGUGCCACUUCCCUGUGAACGUCGCACACCCCAACAUUACACUUGACAGGGUCCAGUGCACUCUGCAUGCCACGGGCCGGUUGGCUGUAGGGUUGCAUGUAUUUGAGGUGCUGCUGCAGGACCACCCCACUGUAGACGUCAACAUGACAGGAUAUAAAUCUAAUUAUACCAGAAAGGCCCUGAACGAGUCCUAUGCCAGUAACCCGACUCCGACCCCGUUCAGCCGCGUGCCCUUGCAGUUUGCCGUGGAGAUCCAGCCAGCUCUAUCCAACUGUCUCCCUGGCUACAUACGACCACAGUUCUUGACUCCAACACCUUCACAUGGGGAUGUCCAUCAUGCCGCUGUGGGUCACCUGUACCAACUCGAAGCCCGAGUAAAAACCGCCCAUGCCAAGACAUUUGACUUCCAGGUCAGCGGCCCUUCCAACAUGACCAAGAAGAUCAGGGAUGAGGGCUUUGGUGUCACGAGGCUCUUCCUGGGCUGGAUCCCGCAGGAAAGACACCUGAGACAAAACAUUCCCAUCUGUUUCACUGCCGAGACAAACGAGAGCCAGUCAGAGAUGAGAUGUGUGGUUGUGGUGGUGGCCAAAGCCCUCGCACUUACAGGUGAGGCGAAUGUUUCGUGCACAGAGAAUAGGAUCAGCAUCGCCGUGAGCAAGGCCUAUCUGCCUGGGGUGGACAUGAAGUGGCUGCGGCUAGCCGACUCAUCCUGCUCCCUAACCUCCAACCAAACACACAUCAUGGGCACCAUGUCACUCAAAACCUGUGGCACAAAGAUGGAGGAUGCAGGUGACUUCAUGGUGUUGAAAAACGAAAUAAACUCCUUCGACGCGGUCAACGCGACCAUCACGCGACGUAACCGGAUCCACAUCGGCUUCUCCUGCCGGUAUCCCAAGACCGUCAGCAUUUCCAACUAUUACCAGAUCCACAGCUCCAACUACAUGUUCACAGAGUCCAACUUUGGUAGCUUUGGCUACACCUUUGAGGUCUUCAAGGACAGUAAGUUCACCCAGAAGGUGGAUCCCAGUGCUUACCCAGUGAAGGUGAAGCUAAUGGACAGGCUGUACAUGGGCAUCCAGGCCCAGUCCGAUCUGCCCAAGGUACAGCUGUUGGUGGAGUCUUGCAAAGCCACUCCGGAUGACAGCGCCAGCAGCAGUCUCUUCUACGACCUCAUCAAAGACGGGUGUCUAAAGGACGAGACGGUCAAGGUUUAUCCCGGGAACCGAACCCAAUUCUACUUUGAGGUCCAGGCCUUCAAAUUCACUGGGAGCUACGACCAGGUGUUCCUCACCUGUACCGUCAUCCUGUGUGAGGUAGGAAACCCCAACUCUAGGUGUGACCAGGGCUGCCUGAACAAAGCCUCGCGGAGGCGCAGGCGAGAUCUCCCCAACGGAGAGACAGACAGGCACUACAUUACCCAGGGUCCUUUCCGUGUGGUCAGAGAGACCCAGCCCAGUGCAGACCAGAAGACAGGUGCAGGUGAAAAGACCGGUGCAGAUGUGGAAGCUACAUAUUUUCUCAGAUCGGACAUGGGAACCAUAGUCUUCGCCGGGCUGUUCAUCAUGACCGUGAUUCUGCUGACAGUGGUCGUGGUCUAUUUUUUGAAGAAGAGCAGAGCUGAAGAACACGAGGCUCUCAUUGCAUAUGAUUAGAGAAAUGUAACUGGGUUUGUGCCUGACCAGGGUCACUUCUGGUUUACCAAAAGUAAAGCACACCUUUCUUUUAGUUGUACUUUCAACAACAAAUGAACACUAGUUUACAUACUGAAUACGGUAACAUUAACUACACAUAUUAACACUAGUUUACAUACUGAAUACGGUAACAUCAACUACACAAAUUAACACUAGUUUACAUACUGAAUACGUUAACAUUACUACACAAAUUAACACUAGUUUACAUACUGAAUACGGUAACAUUAACUACACAUAUUAACACUAGUUUACAUACUGAAUACGGUAACAUUAACUACACAAAUUAACACUAGUUUACAUACUGAAUACGGUAACAUUAACUACACAAAUUAACACUAGUUUACAUACUGAAUACAUUAACAUUAACUACACAAAUUAACACUAGUUUACAUACUGAAUACAAUAACAUUAACUACACAAAUGUAGUUGGUUCAUUCUUAUUCACUUUUCUGUGAUACAGACAUUUGGAUCAACUGUUUGAUACUCCUGACUCAAGAAAGUGGAAGAAAUUGGUUGUUGUUGAGAAUCCUGUUAUGCAAAUAAGUCUGUAUUGAUUAAAUACAUUUUAGGCAAAAAUACUAUUUUAUACUGUUCUCUGCCUCACCACUCAUUCAAACAUGAUUUAUUGCUUUAAAGGGGCAGUAAUUUUAUGACUAAUAAAUGUAUGAUAUUUAUUGAUUCUUGAAUAUUUAUAAAUUCCUCAUGAAUUUAGUUCAAGUGUUGUACCCCCAUCAGAACCCAAUAUAUAUAUGCUUGUUUUACUUCAAUGUUUGUUAAGCGUCAAUCUGUAUUUUUGUCCAAAUUGAGUUAUUGACAUUUAGCCUCGUUCUGUUCAAUGUUCUCAACCUAUAUAUAUAUAUUACUCUAAAUACCCCAAUUCAUGUUAAGUUCAAAAGAAUACAAGAUUAAAAUAGCUGACACCAUUCAAAUCAACGAGGAAAAUGUAAAGCCAAUUAUCUCAGCAUCAUCUUUAUGCAGACAGAACCUUUUGGUCCCAAACUCUAAAUGUGUUUGUUUAUGUCAUGACCUCUACUACCUACCACUCUCUCUAUUGGUUUGUUUAUGUCAUGACCUCCUACUACCUACCACUCUCUCUAUUGGUUUGUUUAUGUCAUGACCUCUACUACCUGCCACUCUCUCCAUUGGUUUGUUUAUGUCAUGACCUCUACUACCUGCCACUCUCUCUAUUGGUUUGUUUAUGUCAUGACCUCUACUACCUGCCACUCUCUCUAUUGGUUUGUUUAUGUCAUGGCCUCCUACUACCUGCCACUCUCUCUAUUGGUUUGUUUAUGUCAUGACCUCUACUACCUGCCACUCUCUCUAUUGGUUUGUUUAUGUCAUGACCUCUACUACCUGCCACUCUCUCUAUUGGUUUGUUUAUGUCAUGACCUCUACUACCUGCCACUCUCUCUAUUGGUUUGUUUAUGUCAUGACCUCUACUACCUGCCACUCUCUCUAUUGGUUUGUUUAUGUCAUGACCUCUACUACCUGCCACUCUCUCCAUUGGUUUGUUUAUGUCAUGACCUCCUACUACCUGCCACUCUCUCUAUUGGUUUGUUUAUGUCAUGACCUCCUACUACCUGCCACUCUCUCUAUUGGUUUGUUUAUGUCAUGACCUCUACUACCUGCCACUCUCUCUAUUGGUUUGUUUAUGUCAUGACCUCCUACUACCUGCCACUCUCUCUAUUGGUUUGUUUAUGUCAUGACCUCUACUACCUGCCACUCUCUCUAUUGGUUUGUUUAUGUCAUGACCUCUACUACCUGCCACUCUCUCUAUUGGUUUGUUUAUGUCAUGACCUCUACUACCUGCCACUCUCUCCAUUGGUUUGUUUAUGUCAUGACCUCUACUACCUGCCACUCUCUCUAUUGGUUUGUUUAUGUCAUGACCUCUACUACCUGCCACUCUCUCUAUUGGUUUGUUUAUGUCAUGACCUCUACUACCUGCCACUCUCUCUAUUGGUUUGUUUAUGUCAUGACCUCUACUACCUGCCACUCUCUCUAUUGGUUUGUUUAUGUCAUGACCUCUACUACCUGCCACUCUCUCUAUUGGUUUGUUUAUGUCAUGACCUCUACUACCUGCCACUCUCUCUAUUGGUUUGUUUAUGUCAUGACCUCUACUACCUGCCACUCUCUCUAUUGGUUUGUUUAUGUCAUGACCUCUACUACCUGCCACUCUCUCUAUUGGUUUGUUUAUGUCAUGACCUCUACUACCUGCCACUCUCUCUAUUGGUUUGUUUAUGUCAUGACCUCUACUACCUGCCACUCUCUCUAUUGGUUUGUUUAUGUCAUGACCUCUACUACCUGUCACUCUCUCUAUUGGUUUGUUUAUGUCAUGACCUCUACUACCUGCCACUCUCUCUAAUGGUUUGUUUAUGUCAUGACCUCUACUACCUGCCACUCUCUCUAUUGGUUUGUUUAUGUCAUGACCUCCUACUACCUGCCACUCUCUCUAUUGGUUUGUUUAUGUCAUGACCUCUACUACCUGCCACUCUCUCUAUUGGUUUGUUUAUGUCAUGACCUCUACUACCUGCCACUCUCUCCAUUGGUUUGUUUCUGAGUCUGCUAAAGUGGUGUGAAGUAAAAAAUACUGUAAAGUA